GGCGGUAGUCGAUGUGGUCACCUCCCAUUUCAAACGGCUUCUUCCGGGGGCACUUGAGAUUCUGUAACGUACAGUAAAUUAUAUAAAAUCCUGAAUUAUACCUGUUCAUAUAAAUAUAUAUCUUGUUUGCGAAUAUUCACUGCAUUCAAAGAUGGUGGGAGACAAACGACUUCUGAUUGUGUUGGUGCUCUCUGCAUCCCUUCUUUGCGCUGAAUCAGCCAGGAGCAGGAAGGAUUCUAGUAACCAGAACAGUUUUAGAAGGGCGGCCAAUGGGUUUUAUCAAGCCUUGAGCAGCGUUUUUGGAGAGGAGAAUAUCAGGGGUUUGUACAAGUUUUUUUCCAAGACCACGGAGAGAUUUGUCCAUGGAGUGGAUGCCUUCCUAGAUACACUGUGGAAAGUUUGGACGGAUCUGUUGGAUGUCAUAGGAAUUGAUGCAUCUAACCUCAGCCAUUACUUCAGCCCCACGUCUCUGUCCAACUCUCCAGCUCGAGCUCUCCUCCUAGUUGCUGCAGUGCUACUGGCCUACUGGUUCCUGUCCUUGUUCCUGGGGGGGUUCUUUUACCUGCUGCACGCCAUCUUUGGCCGCUUCUUCUGGCUGGCUCGCGUGGCUCUCUUUGCACUCUCUUGCCUUUACAUCCUGCAGAAGUUCGAGGGGGAUCCUGAGCGUGCGGUGCUGCCCCUCUGCUUCGUGAUGGCUGUGUACUUCAUGACUGGGCCGGUAGGGGCCUACUGGCGCCGAGGUGGCGGGCCCAGCACCCUGGAAGAGAAGAUUGACCACUUGGACACCCAAAUUCGUCUCCUAAACAUCCGCCUGAGCAGAGUGAUUGACAACCUCGAGAGGUCCAGUGAACAGUAAAGCCCCAUGGGUCAGUGUUGGGGCCGGGUUGGUGGAGUGGGGCUAUUUAGAUGAAAGUAGGCGUUGGGAUUCUAGAAUGCAACUACUAGUAUAAUUCAAAACCAGGUUUCAUGACUUUUGUUUUACUUUCACAGAAUCAUGUUUUUUUAAUGGUCCAAUUAUGGUUGUGAAACCACACUUGGCUCGAAUUCUUCUUAAAACCAGACUGGAUUCCAGAUGUUUAACUUACUGUAUCAAGGCUUAUCCAUAGAAGCAAAACUAAGCCCCAUUAAGCUUAGUAGUGAAAACAUGUAGUCUGUUCCUUGUUAUGUGUAGGCUGUUGUAGAACUAAAUGUGUUUUUGAAGCCAUCUCCAUUAUACAGUAGCAAUAGGAUUGAUUAAGUGAAUAUAUUUGGACCUUUUUUUGUAUACUGUGUGAAUGUGUUUUGCAGCACAAGACAUGCUUUGGAAUGAUUGUGCUUGUGUGAUAGCAAAGGGAUUGAAUGCUAUUGUUUGUUUUGGCUGCUUUCCCAAAAGAUAAAUGUGUUCAACUUCUUGAUUACAGUGUAUCAGAAAACUUAGAUUGAUGUGUUGCUUAGCGUAGUUGUGUGUUAGAAACAUGGGGAAUAAGAAAAUGAAGUUGCCCUCUGGACGUCCAGCAAAGGCAUUGUGUUCUCAGGGAGAGAAUAUGUAAAAACAACCGUCCCACUGAAUUAUGUAAAGCAACCAGAUCACUCCAUGUUGUAGGAUCUUGUAGGUCAGAAUUGUAGUGUUUUUAAUUUGAGGUUGGAGACUGAGGUCAUAGUUUACUUUUUUAAUUUAGUCAAACACAGCAGUACACAGAGUACUAUCCUCUUAAAUCUACAAUAAAUGAGGAAUACUGUCUGAUAGGGAUGUUUGUAAUAAUGUGAUAUCAGAAGGAACAUGUAUAAUCAUUGUGAAAGUUCCACUGAUUGUGGAAGGGAAUCCAAUCUCUUUAUUCCUUAUAUUUUCCCUGCCCUGUGAUUGUAAACCUUGAAACAUAUUUUUUAAACUGAAAAUGGAUUCAUUGAUGUUUCUAAGUUUUCUGUAACUGGGAUGUACUUACACCUUUUUGACUUGUUUUGAUGAAUGAUACGCACUGAGUAAUUAUGUAUUUGCUUGCCUAUCGUAAAUGUCACAUUCCGAAUGGAUGAGUUUUCAUUGAUUCAUAUGAUUUGUUGGUCCACUCCUAGUGAUGUUAAAUAGCUUGGUUUUCCGGUGUGCUUUUUAAUGUGAAACUUGAAAUGUUUUUUUUUUUGUCAUAGAAUUUUGCCGUUUUUGUUUUUUUUCCGCCCCAUUGGUUUGUUAGUUCUGCAAAAACCCAGCGGAGGGUUCCCUGGGAACUGAGAUUCAGAUGUGAAUGGCCGUUGCCAGUAUUGGGGAUUUCACCCCAAAAGUGCCACUGCAUCCCAUUUCAAUGCCAAGACCACGAACCCUGGGAUUUCACUAGACCCGCAUAUUACGUUUGUUUUGUUGUUUGCGUCGCCAUGCCUAUCAUACUCCUGCUGUAUGCUAACUUGCUCUUAUGUUUUGCGUUGCUGACCUGCCGUAUUCUUUCUUCACAACAUUGACCAGAUUGUAUUACAUAUUGCUAUUGCUUCAGAGAGUAGACCAUCAGUCAGACUCAAGAAGUACAAUGCAGGUAUUCCAGUAUUCCUCUUGAAGACCAACAUACGCACGUGGUAUUUAUUCAUAUUGAAAGUCUAUGGCUUACAUUGUGAUUUUUGACGGGAUGGCUUCAAAUAAAGUAUUCAACAUAUCCUAAUGAAGGUAUGCAGUUUUGCAAGUAAAAGUUUCAGUAAUUUUGCACUGAUGUAUAUAGACCUAGUCAAUCAUUCUGUCUGAUUGAGGAGCACCUGUAUAGAAACCUGUGGUCCAAUCUGAACAAUAUCGUUUCAACUGGAGCUGCGUUAGGAACAUCCACUUAUUCACGACAUAGUGAUUAUUCACUAUAUACAGUAGUGGACUAAGUAGUGAAUGCUAGGGUUUCUAAACACUAGUUAUGUAGCUAGGGUUUUUAAACACUAGUUGUUUUAUACACACAGACUACUAUAUAGAAGGUAUAUUGUACUGUAAUGCAUACGUUAUUUCUCACCCUAUAGGCCAAACCUGUCAUGCUACAAACAUGCAUAAAACACUGAGUGAGUUUCUAAUGUGUGUUUUCACUUUGGUUUGGGGAUGUUAAAUCACUGUAAUAAUUACUUUGUUGAAUGACAUUGUUAUAUCCAUUUUUCUUUAGCUUCUACUUGAAUGUUGUUUUUUUUUGCUGUUGACUCAUUGUCUCCCCAUGUUUAGUAGAUCAGUAAAAAUGUAAUCUUUUAAGAGUUUAAGGAAGUAUGUUACCACUUUGAAAACAUGUAGUAUCAUUUUGAAUUAUGAUUGUAAAUACAUUUAAAUAAAUGAAGCAAAUGAAUAUUUACAGAUUUAUAUAUAAAAAAUAUAUUAUAGUCUGAACAUUUCCAUCCAAUGGCUAAUCAUCUUUUAAGUUUUUUGGUCCCGAUUAUGGCAAUGAAAUCCUGCUUGUCUCAGAAUCUGAUCAUUCAUCCAUGGGAACGUAUUUCUUUUAAAUGUACUGCUAGGGGAAAGCUGUUCAUGUUAUAAUGUGUGAUUUAUAUUGCUGACUUAAGGGUCUUUCUCUUAGUUUGUGUGUCUGUUUUUUAAGGGUGGGGGGUGGGGGUAACUACUGCCUGCUGUACUCUUGUUUUGUGAGUUGUGUGUUUUAUUUUCUUCUUUUGUGUUGAAGGCUUAUGUGCAGCCAAAUCAGAGGUCCAACAAUUGAUUAAAUAAACAUGUUACUGAA